UUAUCUGGUUGACUCAUUUCAAGUUUCUGAUCUACACUGCUCGCGAGCAGGAGGAACAAGUUAACAGUAACACCUACUAUUAUCAGCUUCCACGAAAACAACUCGUAAGCUAUUUGCCUGUUUCGGAGCCUGGGUCUGUCAAUAGCCUGCCGGCGGCUUUAUCGACCUCUUAUCGAGUUGAUGUUGGUAGCGUUUUCAAAGAUUUGUCGAAGAAGACGCCUGGGUGGCUCUACUGGCGCCUGUUCAUCCGAAGAUCCAAAAACAUAUCCCAAUGCUCGUCACUAGACCUUCCGAUUCCGAACAUAGCCACUGGUCCUUUGGCAAAUAUUUUCCUCCCUCAGGCAAAGUACCAACCGGUCCACGCAUGUCAGACCAGUACGACGCCUCGCUUCCAACACAGCCAGACUGGCAAGGCCAGUAUCCGUAUCUGCCGCAGCCUACCGGAUCGGUCUAUGCUCAACCUUCGGAAUCGAACCAUACCAGCUCAGGAAUAAUCCAACCACAGCCCGUGGUAGAGAACGAGAACCUUCGGCUGGAAGCCCAUACUGACAGACAACCGGCUCUACGACCUGAUUCACGCCAUAAUAUUUAUCGUCUAGGAGCAGAGGACACUACUUACCCUUCCCGAGCGGCAGAAGAGAGAAAGGAUGAAGUGAGAGGCAUGAAGACGGCUUCACUGCUGCUAGACGAAUCCCUUACGCCUGGUAGAGAUGCUACUAGACUCCCCGCGCCUUUGAGCCAUAUCAAUGCGGCUGCAGCCAUGUCCAAAAGCCUAGGCAACCCUCCAAAUACGUUCGGACCAGAUGAUCAAUCCAUGGCAGUGCCAAAGGACGAUACAGAUGAUGCUUUGAUAGACGAGGACAUGGCAGAGGAAGAAGCGGAUUCGCUACUGCAAACUACAGCAGAACGAGUGGCGGCCCGCCGGAAGAUGAAGCGCUUUAGACUAACCCAUCAACAAACAAGAUUCCUAACGAGCGAGUUCGCAAAGCAGCCUCAUCCUGAUGCCGCACAUCGGGAGCGCCUAUCUAGAGAAAUCCCCGGAUUAAGUCCUCGACAAGUGCAAGUGUGGUUUCAAAACAGACGUGCGAAGAUUAAAAGACUCAAUGCUGAUGAUCGUGACCGAAUGAUCAAAAUGAGGGCUGUUCCGGAUGAUUUUGAUAACGUACAGGCUUUACACUCACCAUACGGCGCGGUUCACGGAAUGCCUCUGCCAUUAGCGCCACCCGUUGACUUUUCGCACGCUCAAUAUUCGAACAAUUCAAUAAUGAGGCCUCUAAUGGUGGAUGUUCGGCGUGGUCAAGAUGCGCCAGAGCAUAUGUCACCAACCGGACUAACCCCAUCGUUUGGUAGUAUCGGAUUUCAUCCUCCGAAUGCAGUAAACUCGUCCGGAGUAUUAUCCCCAAUAUCACCACACACGACUGACCGCUACCCUCCUCACGGAAAUGCCGGACCUCACGGAUCCCUGGAAGCGCAUCGUCAAGGAAUUAGGCCACUUCAAGGCUUUCACGGUCGAGAUUCAACGAGGCCAAGGUCUGAGUCAUUACAAUCGUACUAUAUGUAUUCAGGUCCGAAUGCCCACUCAAAUGCAGCUGAUAGAUCUCCCUUGGUCUAUCAGUCAAAUCAAGUAAACCAGACAUCUGGCAACGCGGGGGGCGUUGAUCGGAGUCCUUAUACGAGCAGUAACAAUGCACAACCAUCGCCGACGGCAUUGACCUAUCCGAACUUUCAACAGGCGUCGGAGAAUGGAUCUCGGCUUCGAGCCGCCUCAGCCUCUUUACCAUUAAAUACAACAGACCAAUAUCGGCCGCUCCACUCUCCUCAGCCAAAUGGCCAUCGAUCAACUGGACCUCCAUCGCAAUAUGGAGCCUCUGCAACAUAUCAAACCAACUACGGAGGUGCGCCUAUGACAGCUCCACUGACACGAGCGUCGGGUGGCCAACCAAGCGCAAGAAGCUAUCAAGAUCCUACAGGAACAACUGAAUUCUCUCAAACUAUGCCGAGCGGCUUGAAUGGCCAAGAUACGCGAACUGAAGCAAGAAGCAUGUACACCAGUGGAGCAGCUGAUUAUGCAGAUCACCAGCAUCGAGGGUAUGCAGCUCACAGAGGGGAGGCUUCACCCUUGGAUAGGCCAAGACCUCCUUCACAUCAUAACACAAGAUAACGUUAAAUCUUCAAUUUCUAUGAAAUGAGAUGAUGAAAUGGCGAAGAAGACGAACCAAAUCCAUGUCGCCAAAACGAUUUUAAUCGUAAUCUUUAAAUUAC